AUGGAGAAAAUCUUAAUUUUUUUGAUAAGUGCUUAAGUAAUAUUCCCUUUUAUCUACUACGAUACUGGAUUGGCUAGGAAUUUUGAUUAUACCUUUGAUUCAAGUUUCAAUUGCUAAAAUGAUUAUUCUAGAACAGCUACAAUAUCAUUUUCUAAUGCAUUUGAAAAUAUUCCUUAAGUAUUUUUUUAUCUUGAAUAUCUUGAUAUAUCAACAUCCGAAAUGGAGUUUUAUUUGUCAAUUACAACUAUAACUAAAACAUGUAUUUAUUUAUCAGAAAUAACUAUUCUUAAUAGCAUUUACAGCAAUUGUAAACUGUAGAAAAAAUAGAAUAUAUACACUACAAUUAAGAUGGUUUGCAAUAGAUGAUCAGCGUAUUGAAGUUAUAAGUAAUUUCAAUAUGGAAAAUCCAGAUGAUAAAACAUUUCCAAUUAAAAAUCCUAAUGCUUAAUCUGGAUUUGUGGUUCUUACUCGUUUAUGUUAUACAGGAUAAAUCGAUUUUCUAUUAUCGGUAAUAAUUAAUAGUUUAAACUUAGAUAAGUUAAAUAACAACUAAUUCAGUCACUGUAAGUAUUACCAAAGUGGCAGGAAAAUUUUCAAAUUUGAAACAAAUUGGAUAUUUUGUUGUUGUUGGAAUUGAAGAAGCUUUUAUUAAUUUAGGAUUAAAGUCAGUAACAGGUGCCUUUAGCAGUGGAUCAUUUGCAAAAUAACCAAAUAGAUGGUUUGUUAUUGCAUUAGAGGGCUUAAAUUAUUCAAAUAAUUGAUUAUAUAAGAAUAAAAGCAAUAUAUACCAACACUGCAACAA